AUGGAAAGAGUUGAAGAAUUCAAGGUUGGGGACUGGGUUCGCAUGCGGCCCACUUUGACUACAGCUAAACACGGAUUAGGAUCUGUAACUCCAGGGAGCAUCGGCGUGGUGUAUUGUAUUAGACCAGAUAGUAGUCUGUUUUUGGAACUAAGUUAUCUUCCAGAUCAAUGGCAUUGUGAACCUGAGGAGGUUGAACAUGUUGAGCCAUUUAGGAUUGGUGAUCGGGUUUGUGUAAAGCGCUCUGUUGCUGAGCCAAGAUAUGCUUGGGGUGGCGAAACACAUCAUAGCAGUGGAAGAAUUAGUGAGAUAGAGAAUGAUGGUCUGCUGAUAAUUAAAAUUCCCAAUCGACCUAUUCCAUGGCAGGCUGAUCCUUCUGACAUGGAAAAGGUGGAGGAUUUCAAGCCGAGCACCAUCUUCGUCGCCUGCGAGUACCAGCCCUCUCUCUCUAACCCUAAUUUCAGUUGCAACCCCAUCUUCGUCGCCUGCGAGCUCCAGGAGGAUGGUGAUAUGGAAAUUGUUGUUUGCUUCAGGAGCAAACUUUUCCGCUAUUCUGCAACAGAUGUGGAGAAGGUUCCCUCUUUUGAAGUGGGACAAGAGAUACACGUGAUGCCUUCUGUUACUCAGCCUCGACUUGGAUGGUCCAAUGAGACACCAGCUACUGUUGGAAAAAUUGCAAGGAUUGACAUGGACAGUGCUUUAAAUGUAAAAGUUGCUAGAAGACAUAGUUUGUGGAAAGUUUCUCCUGGAGAUGCAGAACGGCUUCUAGGAUUUGAAGUAGGGGUGCGCUCGAAACUAAGCCUAGGGACUAGGCCAAGUUGUGAUUGGAACAGUAUUGGGAAAGAAGGUUUAGCUGUUGUGCAUAGUAUACAGGAUACUGGUUAUCUAGAAUUAGCUUGCUGUUUCCGUAAGGGAAGGUACCAAACCCAUUAUACUCAUGUUGAAAAGGUUCCUGGUUUUAGGGUUGGGCAACAUGUAAGGUUUCAAAGUGGACUGGUUGAGCCAAGAUGGGGCUGGAGAGGUGCUCAUCCUGAUUCUCAUGGUGUUGUAGCCAUUGUCAACGCUGAUGGACAAGUGAGGGUUACAUUCUUAGGUUUACAGGGGUUAUGGAGAGGAGAUCCUGCAGAUCUUGAAGUAGAGCAAAUGUUUGAAGUGGGAGUGUGGGUCAAACUGAAAGAAAAUGCGAGUAGUUGGAAAUCUAUUGGCAAGGUAGCAUUGGCGUUGUGCAAGGGAUUGGGUAUGAAGGAAAUGAAUGGAAUCAAAAUAGUUUUGUAG